UCUUUGUGCAGUACGCUUGCGGCACUGACGCAGCCCAGUCAAGUCAAGAGCCGUCGUCGCGUCGCGCUACGUUUCAACCAAAAAAAAAAAAAAAACACAAACUAAUUCCAAUUUAAAUUUAUUUAUAAAUUAUUCAGUGUGUUCUGCUGUUAAGUGCGCGCGUGUUUAGUUCAAGUGUUAGCUUUAAUAAAUAUUAAAAUUAGUUAAAAUACCGCAUGGACUUGCCCACAAAUUAACUAAAGUUGUAUAACCGACGGCAGAAAGUGCUUCAACUCCCAAUACUAAACUCAGCCCAGUUGCAACUCAAGCUCAGCAUUCAAAUUAGUUCAACUACUUACAAAGGCAUUAAGCUGUUGGCGAAGCAAAAGUUAGCACCAACUGUAGCUGCCUCUUGGAUUAUGGGCAUAUCGGAGGAGGUCAAACUGGAGGAACUACCGCAAGAAGCCAAGCUAGCACACCCACAUCCGGAUGCCGUGGCCGAACGUGCCAAUGUGGCAACCGCUUUGGCUGGUGCGGCGGCGGCGGCGGCAGCGGCAGCGGUGCAGAGUGGUGCUAGCGGCGGCACCAAUAGCCCCAUCUCGGAUGCCAACAGUGAUUGCGAGGCGGAUGAGUAUGCGCCCAAGCGCAAGCAGCGACGCUAUCGCACUACGUUCACCAGUUUCCAGCUGGAGGAGCUAGAGAAGGCCUUCUCCCGCACCCAUUACCCGGACGUGUUUACGAGAGAAGAGCUGGCGAUGAAAAUUGGCUUAACCGAAGCGCGCAUACAGGUCUGGUUUCAGAAUCGACGCGCCAAGUGGCGCAAGCAGGAGAAGGUUGGACCACAGUCACAUCCAUAUAAUCCCUAUUUGCCCAGCGGCGCAGCCAGCAUGCAAACGGUGGUGGGUGCGGCACUGCCGCCCAAUCCCUUCACCCACUUAGGCUUCCAGCUGCGCAAGCCCUUCGAUGCGCCCGCCAAUCUGGCUGCAUUUCGUUAUCCACACUUGUCGGCGGCGCCAAUGAUACCAUCCGGUUACUUCAAUCAGUUUCAACGCGCACCGCCGCACAUGUUGCCACCCGGCAUGGCCUCCAUGUACUCGCCCUCCAGCUCAUUUCAAUCGCUGUUGGCCAACAUGACAGCAAUGCCGCCGCAUGCACGUCCGCCACCCAUGCCAGCUAUGGCGGCCAAGCCGCCCAUGCUUGUGGGUUCACCCGAACUGCAUUCGCCCAACAAUCAUUUGCUCGCCUCGCCACCCAAUUCGCCCAUUGCUCAAGCGCCGCCACCGCUGCCGCCGUCACAGCUAUCACCGCAGCAGCUAGUGGGCAUUUCACUAACCCAUCAAUCAUCAGCUAGCGCCUCGCCACCAGCAGCGCCACCAACGUCAAACGUUACACGCGCAGCGACGCCGCCUGAGGAUCGACGCACUUCCUCGAUUGCUGCGCUGCGCUUGAAGGCGCGUGAGCAUGAGCUAAAGCUGGAGAUGCUGCGUCAAAACGGACACAGCGGCGAUGUGGUCAGCUAGCCUAAUCCUAGCAAUAAGCUACUAAGUUAUUGCAUGUAUGUACUUUAAAUAGU